UUUAUUUAAUAAAUAAUGAAAGUGCGCGGUGGGGGCUGGGGGGUAGUGGGGAGGGUGCUGCCGCUGAUUCGCUGCCGUCCGGUGCUGCGUCGCGUGGUGCAGGGUGGAAACGCGCCAUCCAGCCUGCCCGCCCGCCCGGUUCCGUUCCGAGUGCCUCAUGCAAGCCCAGCAGAAGCAGCAGCAGCAGCAGGGAUGCCGCCGAUGGGAGCCUUUUGGGUUUUGCUUUGCGUGUGCCUGUGCGGCAGCCUGGCGAAGAAGCCUGCCCGCUGCCCUUCAACUUGCAGCUGCUCCAAGGAGUCCAUCAUUUGCGUGGGCUCCUCUUCUGUCCCCAGGACGAGCACCGGCGACAUCAUUUCUUUGAGCAUCGUCAAUGGCACUUUCUCAGAGGUCAAAGAGGCGAUGUUCUCGCACAUGCCGUCACUCCAGCUGCUGCUUCUCAAUUCCAACUCUCUUAUCGCCAUAAGGGAUGAUGCCUUCUCUGGCCUUCCACAUCUCGAAUACCUGUUUAUUGAGAGCAACAAAAUCGAGACCGUCUCCAAAUAUGCCUUCCGAGGACUCCGGGAUCUCACCCACUUGUCUUUAGCAAACAACAAGAUCAAGGCGCUGCCUCGGGAUCUCUUCAGCGAGCUGGAGUCGCUCAUCGAACUCGACCUGCGUGGCAACGUCUUCCAGUGCGACUGCCGAGCCAAGUGGCUGAUGACGUGGUUGCGGAACACCAACGCCACCGUGUCCGACGUGCCGUGCGCCGGGCCGGAGGACCUCAAGGACCGGCGCCUCAACGACAUGAGCUUGCAAAACGAGUGCGUCUCAACAGAUUUCAUCCUGCAUCAAAGCGUGAGCUCAGAAUCCCUGUCCGUCGACACGUUCGGCUACAAGAACGACGUCUACGUAGCGGUCGCCGCUCCCGGCGUGGAGAGCUGCAUGGUCCUCCAGUGGGACCACAUUGAAAUGAACUUCAGGACUUAUGAUAACAUCACGGGUCAGUCCAUCGUGGGAUGCAAGUCGGUGGUGAUCGAGGACCAGGUAUUCGUCAUCGUGGCUCAGCUCUUUGGCGGUUCACACAUCUACAAGUUCGACGAGGACCAAAGCACCUUCACCAAAUUCCAGGACAUCGAAGUGUCCAAGAUCUCCAAGCCCAACGACAUCGAGGUCUUUCAGAUCGGCUCAGAUCGCUUCUUCGUGAUCGCCGACAGCUCCAAAGCGGGCCUGUCCACCCUCUACAAGUGGAACGACAACGGUUUUUAUUCCUACCAGUCCCUUCACGAGUGGUACCGCGACACGGACGCCGAGUACCUCGACUUGGACGGGAAAGCGCACCUGUUGUUGGCGAGCCGCUCGCAGGUUCCCGUCAUCUACCAGUGGAGCCGCAGCAACCGCAAGUUUGUCCUUCAGGGCGAGAUUCCCGACACGGAGGACGUGGUGGCGGUCAAGCACUUCCGCAUCAAGGGCGAGCUCUACCUGGCCGUCACGCGUUACAUCGGAGACUCCAAAGUGCUGCACUGGGGCGCCAAGCAGUUCUCGGAGAUCCAGGCACUACCGUCGCGCGGCGCCAUGAUCCUGCAGCCGUUCUCUUUCAAAGAGCGCCACUAUCUGGCCCUGGGAAGCGACUACACCUUCUCGCAGAUCCUCCAGUGGGAUGAGCAGCAGAGCGCGUUCGAGCGCUUCAAGGAGGUCUACAUCCAGGCGCCGCGAUCCUUCACCGCCGUGUCCACGGACCGACGGGACUUCAUCUUUACGUCCAGCUUCAAGGGCAGCACGCAGAUCUGGGAGCACGUCAUCGUCGACUUGAGCUCGUGAGUCCCUGCGCCGUGUUGCCAGGCUCGGACAAUCCAACGUCUUCCGCAAAAUGAGGAGCGACGUGUCGGGAUUUGGCUCGCAAAUGCGUGCGAUAUUUUUUUUUUUCUUCAGAAAGUUUCCAGUAAAUUUCCGAAAAGUUCCGUGUCAAUUUCCAGGACGUUAAGAUGGGGAACUCAGACUCAAGCCUUAAUAGGAACAUUUUUAUUUUCUCUGAAACUCUGAAAUUCUAUGACGGCAUUUCAAAACAUUUACUUGCAACUAGCAUUUGAUUGAGCAAUUAAUUACACUGGUCAGCCCGCAAAUUUUAAGUGGAGAUUGCUUUAUGUGUCCCUAAAUGUAUUUUUGAUGCUGAUUUGAAAAAUGUCUGGAGUUUUUUUUUCCUCUGGCACAUCAGGUUUUUGAAAUACCGGUACUCAUUAUUUGUUUGACGUGUAAAAGCUUGCGGCAGAUGGAUCUUCACCACGCAUUUAAUUUACAGCUAUGAUAUUUCAGCAAAACUUUCUACCCCUUUCUUAACAUAAUAUUACUAAAUAUAAUAUUAUUAUAUUAUUACGAAAACUUGAUGUGCUAGAGGAAAAAAUGAGCAAAUUCUGAAUUAGCACCAAAAAAAAUCAUCAUCUAGACCUGGGGUGGGCAAUUAUUUUUUGUAUAGGGCCACAUGAGAACCAGAAAAUAUUAUGCAGGGCCGGAUCGAAAGGGUGAACUAAAUUCGACUUAAUAUUAAUUGGAUUUCUUUAUUUAAAAAGCAGUAUUUUGCAUUUUUUGGCAGGUUUUUCAGACUUUAAGAGUACAUUAUUCCGUUGUAUCGAACGGGAUUUGCUUGACUUGGCGCUACUGCGGGCUUCCGUAUCGUCUCCCCCUUCCUCCCUAUGCUCUGCAACUUCAAGUAACUCUGCCACCUGGCGUUGAAAUGCAUGUCAUUACAAGUCCAAAUGAAACGAAUGCAGUCAUUGACAUUGAACCUUAAUUGUGUACCAACCUUCGGCGGGCCGGAUUAAAAAGACCAAUGGGCCGGAUUUGGCCCGCGGGCCGUAAUUUGCCCACCCCUGAUAUAGACAAUUACUUGCAUCAAAUUUAGCAAAAAAUUGCUCAUUUCACCGGAGCAAAAUCAUGAACGAAUAAGCACCACCCCCCCAUCCUAAAAUCAAUGGGAAAAAAAUCACCUCUCCCUUCCCAAAAUUCCAAAUCAGGUUUUCUCCAUUCUUUUACACCAAGCACCAACAAAAACGUUCCACUAAAAUGUAUUGCACAUCAGUAAAAUACAAACUGUACCUCGGUAAAAGCAAGCAGUAUGAUAUGAAAUGCAAAUGUCUUGUACUUAAAGUUAAAUACAACUGAACAGAAUAUAACAAAUGUAGUGCGCCGGAUUAAACGCAUACCACAUGCCGGUGUGGCAGGUAGCACGGUUUGAACAUUUCAUUCAUGGAUUCUUUGCGCACCACUCGAGGCAGCACGCCUGCUUUAUUGCCCAGUCUCGAAAUCAUCUGUGCAUGUGACGUCGGAAUGCACGUUGCAUGUCGCGGGCGUGCGCUCCAUCGCCUGCACUAAGCAUAAUCAGCUGUACUCAAAUGACAUUUCGCUCUUUUAGUCACAAUUAUGCUAGGAUCUAAACUUCCAACUUUGUAAAUUCCUGCUUUAUUGCCAUUAAUCCCCCCCCCCCCACCCCUCCAUGGAAAGUUUCAAAUGUUCCAGUUCCCCAUUGGAGAGUUUAACUUCUUUCUAUGUAAAAUUAACCUGGAAUUUUUCACUCCACUCUCUCAAAUUUUCAUCAAAUGUUGAGGUGUGAUUGAAAAAAAAAAUCAAAAGGAAAAGACCAUUUGUGAGCUCCAUGCCGUCGGGUGUCGGGUCCCGUUUGUUGCCUUUUCAACACGCUGCCGUCGUCAACGGGCAUCGCAGCCCGUUGCUUCUCCUGUGCAGGGAAUGUUUUGAAGCACAAACCUUCAAUGAUGGUCAUCCGUUACAGUCAAGAUGCCACACCGCUAACAAUGUUUCAUUUGGGGGAGGGGGACAAGGCAACGCUCAUCCAACACCAAAUGAGACAUGAGCCAUGUUUCUGAAUGACACAUUUGUACUAAAAAAAAAAAAAACGCAGACAACAAGCCUGGCCCUCCAAAAUGGAUCUCAACAGCUUAACGUAAGGACGUCAACCUGUUUGAGCAGUUUGUCAGAGCAUGAAAGCAAAUAUUUGAAGCAAAAGAUGUUAGAAACGUCAUGAAUAUCCAUCCAAGCUUUCCGAAUGUCAACAUAAUAAAAGCCAACAUUGCAAGCUGG